AUGAAGAGAGGCGGAGACGGGAGGGAGAAGGGUUUGUCAAGGGUUUAUGAGGGAGGGAGCAUGCAGAGAAUGGGAUUGAUUCCCGUUGAUCAUAUGGAUCAAAUAAAGCCAUACCCAAAAAUAUUUGUUGAGCCUGAAAAUUGGCAAGGAAACCCGGAAGAAAGUGAAAUUUUGGAAAAGUAUGGUGGUUGUUAUCCAAUUGUUGAUAAUCUUAGUUGCAAAUGA